AUGUCGACCGAAGCGACCGGCGCUGCGGCGCCUGGCACCCACAAUCUGAACCUCAACGGCAACGGCACCCAUGGCCAUGACUGCGACGAGUCCACCAUCGCUGUCGUCAAUCCCUCAGCCGACACAAAGUCCCCCAAGCCCACCGGCCUGCACUCGCCACCAGACUCGAACAAUGUCGACGCCACCGACUCCGAAUUGAGCGACUUCGACGAGGCAAUUGCCGACGCCGACUCGCCCCCAGCAAUCACUGCAAUACCACGACAGACCACACCAAGGCCCGCCUCCGACGAUGCACCAGCCUCCGGUGAUGGUUCGGAGCCCGCCCAGCCUGAGCAAGCCCCAACUCCUGAAGAGGAUGAAGACAUUGGCGAGGUCCUACCCGACCAUUGGUCUGGAACCGUCCCUGUAUUUAGGCCGACCAUGGACCAAUUCAAGGACUUCAAGAAAUUCAUGAGAGCUGUCGAUUCCUACGGUAUGAAGUCAGGCAUUAUCAAGAUCAUUCCCCCAGAGGAGUGGAAAGACUCCCUCCCAGAUAUCAGCGAGCUUGUGAAGACGGUCCGAGUUAGAGAACCGAUCAAGCAGGAUAUCAUGGGCUCCAACGGUACCUAUCGUCAAGUCAACAUCCUCCACCAGCGUUCCUACAACCUGCCUCAGUGGAGACAACUGUGCGACCAGAGUGAGCAUCAGCCUCCUGCACGACGGGGCGAGCGCCGCGCAAAUGCCGACAAACCAAAACCCGCAACUCGAUCUCGGGCUGCAGCUACGACAAACAAGUCGAGUACACCUGCCGCUUCUAGCCCCGCGCGACGUACCGGCGGUGGUCGAGGCCGACGAGGUCGAGGCCGAGGCGGCGCACGAGGCAAGGGCAAGAAAUCCACCGCACAGGAAGAUACCGAUAUCGAAGACCGGCCAAUGACACCAGAAUCCCCCAGGCCUGCAGACGACGAGAAGAAGGGUGAUGCUGUCGUAGAGUCCAUCGAGCAAGACCCUGGCGUCAAGGUCGAGGAGGAGGACUGCGAAGAUGAAGCGCCCCGACGGAUGGGAUUCAGCCGGCAGGCAAAGCCCAAAGUCCAGUCGACAUCAGCUCGUCGAAAAUACAGCAAACGGGAGGGCUCCGCUAUGAUUGAUGAGGAGGCCUUCAAGGACUGGGAUUAUAACAUGGACAUUUCCGACUAUACCCCCGAGCGAUGCGAAGAGCUAGAACGGACCUACUGGAAAACUUUGACCUAUGCAACGCCACUAUACGGAGCCGAUCUCAUGGGCACGUUGUUCCAUGAAGAUACUGAGAUGUGGAACUUGAACAAGUUGCCCAACCUCCUGGAUGUACUGGGUACGAAGGUUCCCGGUGUCAACACCGCCUACCUUUACCUGGGAAUGUGGAAGGCAACAUUUGCCUGGCACUUGGAAGAUGUGGACCUGUACAGCAUCAACUAUCUCCAUUUCGGUGCACCAAAACAGUGGUAUAGCAUUUCGCAGGCCGACGCUCGACGAUUCGAGGCAGCCAUGAAGAGCAUUUGGCCUACUGAUGCUAAGGCCUGUGACCAAUUCCUGCGUCACAAAGCCUUCCUGAUAUCACCUUCACAUCUCCUGCAGCACUACAACAUCAAAGUGAACAAAUGUCUCUCAUACCCCGGGGAGUUUGUUGUUACCUAUCCAUACGGCUACCAUUCCGGCUAUAAUUUGGGCUACAACUGUGCCGAGGCCGUCAAUUUUGCUUUGGAUUCAUGGUUACCAAUGGGCAAGAUCGCCAAGAAGUGCGAAUGUGCUCAAGCCCAGGAUAGCGUGUGGGUCGACGUGUACGAGAUCGAGAGAAAGCUCCGCGGGGAACCCACACCAGAAUACUGGACCGAAGAGGAAGAUGAAGACGAUUCAGAUGAGGACGAGGACGAGGACGAAGAAAUGGGAGGCCUGCCUUCGCCGCCUGGAAGCCACACCGUCCGCAUCAAGGCCCCGAGUCGCAAGAGAAAGCAAGCAAAAAUCAGCAAGGACAAGAAGGAGAAAGCCAAGAAGCUACGUCUGCGGGUCAAGGCCCAUGUCGAGCCACCCUGUUGUCUAUGUCCGAACGACAUACCUGGUGCCGAGAUACUGGCAACCGACGACGGCCGCAAGGCACAUCGCCUCUGUGCGUUGUACCUUCCAGAGACUUAUAUCGAGACAGUCGACGGGAACGAAACUGUCUUCAAUGUGGAAAACAUUGAGAAAGCCCGCCUUGAACUCAAAUGUCUCUACUGCCGGUCGAAGCGCGGCGCUUGCUUCCAAUGCUCGCAGAAGAAGUGUCCACGCUCUUAUCAUGCCACCUGCGCUGCGGCUGCCGGUCUGUUUGUUGAGCAGGGCGACGUCCCAGUGUUUGAUAAAGACGGCAUCGAGUACAAGGAGGAAGCGUUCGAAUUCAGCUGCCGGUUCCACAGGACAAAGCGAGACAGACGUCUGGAUGGCGAUGCCCUGGAGGAAAGCACCCGCAUUAAGGAAGCCGCUAGGGCUCUCAAGAAGAACGAAAUCGUUCAGAUGCAAUACUACAAGAAGGAGAUAUUUGCGGGUGUCGUCGUCGAGAACCGCGCAGGCGAGCAGACCUUGCUUUUGGACGUCAUUCCGAAUGGUGCCCGGAUCGAAGUCGAGUGGAAGUGGCUGCUUCUCCCCGAUCCAGAAGACUUCAAGCUCCCUAAAGCGUCAGCCAAUGCUUUGCCAAUGCCAACAUCUAGAAAAGCCAAGGAAGAGAUCAAUGCGAAGCGAUCUGCGGAUGAGCCCCCAAGGGCCGGCGAUAUUUUCGUUGAAGGUCCUGCACCGGGCAAAGACUUUGUCUGGUCAGAGUUUCAUACAUGCGAAGCAUCUGAGUGUAAGAAUAAAGCCCAGACCAAGAUCGACUUCUCCAAGGAAAAUCAAGUAUGGCACUACUUGGGCAAGACGUCGACCGAGGCGAAGGCGCAAUACACAGAAGAUCCACGGAAACCUCAACACAAUCCGAAGUGCAGCUUCCUUGACAGCGUCCCGAAACCGCCGCCGCCGCCCCGGCCCCAGCAUCAAGCGUCGUAUGGUGCUACUCACCCAGCACAAGCGAGAGCCCCGAUAUCAACGAAGCCCGAGAAGCCAUAUGUCUACAAGCCGAGGAAGCCGGUGGAUACUUCAUUCGGUCCUCCUUUCACCACACAAAAAUUCGCCCCCAGUAACACGGGGGCAGCCGGGGUCCCACCGCUAUCGUUUGGCACGGAUCCUCGAUUCUCUGCCGGACUGUACUCUACCAACAAAUUCGCGCCGGUUACAGCGAACAGUCCGCCUCAAAAUCAGCGUCAUGGCAGCGCCCAAUUCACGCCCGUACCACCUCCUCGCCAAUCUCAGCAGCAUCAACAGCCUCAAUCCAUCAACCCGGCUUGGCUAUCCCACACCCAAGUCAACAGCCCUCAGCCACAGGCUAUACCUUUCCAGGCACCACUAUCGAGGCAACAGAGUGUCCCGAAUGUUCCCGCUGCUAUGGGUCAAUCAUCGAACUUCCCAAUGCAGCAGCACGCAGCACCGAUGCAACAACCAUCUCAAGCGCAGGCCCAUGUACCACAAGCUUUCCCACAGCCUGCCACGCCCUCUGUUCCACAGCAUGCCUGGCAGAAGUUUUCCUUCUUCCAGGCCUACCAUAACAGGGAGCCUUCCAGGUACAGGACACCGUAUGCGCUUUGGGGUGGCUUCACCAACGGGUACGAGGGCGACCUACGGAAACACUUGAUGAAGAAGCCGGAGUCAGCGCCAUUCAGCAACCGUCGAUUGAGCUUCAACCUUGGCGGAGGUCUUCAGGGUCUCACCCGGCCACCAUCCCAUCGCUAUUCUAACUCAGCCGGUUCGUCCAGGUCAUCACCUUUCAGCGCGCCCCGCGCUAGGUCACAGUCUGGAGCGGCCUCUCCUACCUCGUCAUUUGCGUCGGCCAUGUCGCCGCCACCAGUCCCCUCUCGGGGUCACCAACGCACACCGUCCGUUCCCUCCACUCCGUCCCAUCCUGCAAUGAGACCACAAUACGCCUCGUCAUCGCAGAUGAAUUCUAAUGCGGGUCAGACCAGCCAAGGCAAUUUAGCAGGCUCGCCCAAUAGCCUUUCCAAUGGCAUGGGCCUACAGGGAGGGUCCAGCUCGAUGGAAGCGCAGUCCUCCAGGGCGUCGAUGCCUCCCAUAUCACCAGCUGGAAUCCCCUCGCAGCAACCAACUUUCCUCAACACGUCACCACAACCAGUUGCGCAGGGUGCCUCCGCGGCAAGUCCAACACUUCCAAUGGAUGUGGAUCCCGAAACCAAUGAGUCGCCUGCUCAACAGUUGAAGCAGCAAUUGCGACGCAUUUCCGAUCCCAAGGAGUCACCAUUUCGCAUACCUCGCAGUCGAGGCCAUACUCCACGUUCUAGUCUGAAUCAGCUGCCGAGACUGCAGUCUCCCACUGAGACCCCGGACGUGAGCCGGCAGGAGGAACGAAGGGCCUCCUCUGGAUCGACGCAGGCGACCACACCUUCGGAACUUGCUGCCAACGGCGUAGCGGUGCGCGAGUUUCCCGAGAUGGCGGCGGAUAACAAGGCGUUUGUCGAGAAAAUGAUGCUGGACCUUAGGAGGGCGAGUCAAAGCGCGGUUGACGGUACGCUGAACGGGCUUGGAGAAUCUACACCAGCAACGAAUCCUUAG